CGGGGACUGGUGGUGAGGAGCCGCUGCAGCGCGUCAGGACCGGACCGUGAACCCGGAGACGGUACACACCGAGGCGAAAGGAGACACAGGAUGGAGCGGAUGUCUGAGGAGGCGCUGAGGCUCAACCUGUUGAAGCGAGGCCUGGAGUCGCCCAGCGAGCGAGAGGAGGCGCUGGCCAAGCGCCUCAAGAUGGAGGGCCAUGAGGCCAUGGAGCGCCUCAAGAUGCUGGCACUCCUUAAACGCAAAGACCUAGCUGACUUAGCAGCCCUGGAGGUGGCAGGGCCCCUGGGGGAUGGGAAGGGCCCCGGGGCCAGCAACCUCCACCACCAGAGCCUGAUGGGUGCUGCUUAUGAGGAGAAGCUGAAUGGGAGUCUGAGGUUGGGAGGCCACGGCGGCCAUGUUGGACCCAGCAAGAAUGGAAAGGAGAACAUCCUGGAUGAGCCAGUGGAUAUGAGCGCAGGGAGAAGAUGUGAGGCGGACCAUGACAGACGAACUCCAUCUCCAGACGUCAUCAUCCUGUCAGACAACGAGGCGUCCAGUCCCAGAACGACUCCUCGUCCUGAGGAGCGCCUGCACCAGGCCAACCUGGACAUGUUCAAGGGUAAGACAGGAGAGGAGAGGCAGCAGAUGAUCAAAGCUCUGAGAGAGGAGCUGCGUCUGGAGGAGGCUCGCCUGGUGCUGCUCAAGAAGCUCCGACAGAGUCAGAUGCAGAAGGAGAAUGUGGUGCAGAAGGUUCCGGUGGUCCAGAACGCUGCAUCCUCUGUGCAGCCUCCUCCCAUCCACAGUUCUCCUGGCCUGGGCAAGCUGCCUGUGAGGCCAGGCCUGCACAACCCUGAGCCCCAGAAUCUCCGCACUGCACAGGGUCAUACAGUCAUCAGGUCAGCAGCCAAUGCAAACCUGCCACCCAUGCUGAUGUCCCAGAGAGUGAUAGCCCCGAACCCUGCCCAGCUGCAGGGCCAGAGGGUCUCCUCCAAGCCCGGGAUGUCUCGCUCCAGCUCUGGCAUGGCCAAUCCCGUCAGCUACCAACAGACCAGCCAGCAGGUGGCAGCUUCCCAGCGCUCAGGCUCCAGUGCCAUGUAUAUGAACCUGGCCCACAUGCAGGCAGCGGCAGCAGCGGGGGCUGGCGGAGUGGCGGGUGGCCUAGGCGGAGCUUCGGCCGUCAGCCCAUCCACCAUGUCUAGCUCAGCCAGCGGAGGGGUGAGCUCCAUGGCCGACCAGGCCAGCAGCCAGGCAGCAGCCAAGCUAGCCCUGAGGAAGCAGCUGGAGAAAACCCUGCUGGAGAUCCCUCCACCUAAACCCCCCGCCCCACUUCUCCACUUCCUGCCCUCUGCCGCCAACAGCGAGUUCAUCUACAUGGUGGGCCUGGAGGAGGUGGUGCAGAGUGUGCUCGACAGUCAGGGUAAACUCAGAGGGACGCUGGCCCGCAUGGAGCCUUUCUUCUGCGCCCAGUGCAGAACCGACUUCACUCCCCACUGGAAGCAAGAGAAGAGCGGACGAAUCCUCUGUGAGCAGUGCAUGACAUCCAACCAGAAGAAGGCUCUGAAGGCGGAGCACACCAACAGGCUGAAGAACGCCUUUGUGAAGGCCCUGCAGCAGGAGCAGGAGAUUGAACAGAGGCUGCAGCAGCAGGCAGCCCUCUCUCCCAGCUCGGCCCCCACAGGCCCCAACGCCUCCAAGACUGACACCAUGAUCCGACAUCAUGCGCUCCGCCAGGCUCCCCAGCCUCAGGCCUCCCUGCAGCGAGGUCUCUCCAACUCUGCGCGAGGUGUCCUGUCCAACUUCGCCCAGGCCUCCCAGCUGUCAGUGGCCAGCAGCCUCAUGGGAAUGACCAGUGCCAAGCACUGUGGCAGCGGUGGAGGCAGCAGCAGCAGUAGCAGCAACAGACUGCAGCAUGACAGCCGUCGCCAGAUCUACAACAUCCCAGGGUUAAAUAUUGCCUAUCUGAACCCAGCGGCGGUUGGAGCCCAUAAGAGCUCCAGCUUAGCAGACCGGCAGAGAGAGUACCUGUUGGACAUGAUCCCACCUCGAUCCAUAUCGCAGUCCAUCACUGGGCAGAAAUGAGCCCCACCCAGCCCUCCUGCCCCUCUGAAGCCACCCCCAUCCUACCCUACUACCCCAUACUGAAGCACUCCCAGAUCAACCAACAUCCCAACCCCACCCCCCAUCGCAUGCAGUGCCUGUCCGUGUGCCUACCUAAAACCAACCCAUGAAAACCCACCAAGUCGGACAAAGACACUAAACUGUCAGUGCAUCUCAAAUGUUCUUAUUAUAGUAAAAAUCUUCUUUGUCAGCGUUGUUUAACAAUUAUAAUUCCCAUUAUUAUCGCUGUUGGUAGCACUAUUAUUAUACCUGCAACUACCAUUUUUGCUUCAGUUGCUAUUACUCAUUAUGCUUUUUUCUUUUUUAAGUGUUUGGUCCAUUUUUUGUUUCUCAGCUGUCUCUCCUUUACUGUGGGAGUGACAGUGAAUCAUUGUAGGGCCACUUUAGGCCAUAAUCAUAUAGGAUUUCUUUCUCCACUCAAUUACAAAGCUUACAUGUGACUAUUGCUAGUGACAGAAGAUCAACAGGGUGCAUUCUGGUUGCUAUGCAACAUAAAGUUUAACAACUUUGAAGCUUUGUAAAAAGUGUUAGCUUGCUAACUUGAAGUAACAAAGUGGAAAAUGCUGAUAGGAACAAAAACAGACAAUAUUAACUUAGUAACAGCUCUGCUCGCUCUUGAAAUAAAAGGAUGAAGAGCCCAUUCUGAAAAUUGGGCCCGGGGCGGGGCAUGAAAUUGAGAGAAAUUUUGAGGAGGCCCCCUGCUAUCAUCAGAGCUAAUUAACUGGAAGUGACUGACAAAAGGUGCAGAUGUGUACAAAAGAGAAUCCUAUGUGAUCAGAGUUUGGAAAACUUUUUUCUUUGCUAGUUGGCUCCCACCAUUCUCCAUCAAAAGGUCAUCAUUAGUUUCAUCAUUUCAGACGUCAGCCUCUCCUGUUACAUAGUUUAACAGUUAGCAGGCGGAUGUCCCGGGGACAUACUGUAGUUGUGCUAAUCAGGACUGACAGACGCAGCAACGUCUCAACUGCACCUUCAGCGGACCAGUAGUCGAUACGGACUCCAGCGAGGAGGGAGCUGACGGGCCAGAGGAUGUCGUCUACAAGCUAUUCACAGGGGGAUGAUGGUCUCAUCUCUGAGAGAAGCAAGUUGAUUUUCCCUCCUGGUUCCAUCUCAUCUCACUACCUGCCACUGACCCCUCCAUGUCCCCCCUCAAUACCUUUGGUUAACCAGUAUGCACAGACUGAACCCUUUUUACCCAGCAGCUCCUCUUGGCAUCACAUGUUCUGUGAGAAAGUGAAAAGAACUCAAAUCUGAAGGUUGAAGCACAUUUUGUGUGUCCAACCACAGAUUCUGUACCUAGAAACCUAGAAAUCUGGGUUCCUUUUCUUGUUAUAUUUGGGUUUUUAGGUUGUUUUAUGAUUGUUGCCCUCCCCCCACCUCCCCUUCUUUUUUGGUUUGUUUAUUUCUUUGUUUUUUGCGGCGUCUCCUAAUGAAAUGGUGGCAUACCUGAGAGGUAUUAGCCCCUGGAGACGAUAAUAAUCAACAUAGCUAAAAACAGAAAUUAUUGAAAUAUCUGUAUGGAUUGUGUAUAAAUACCUAGCUUCAGAGGAAAAAAAGGAUGUGGAUUAUAUCUUUUAUGGGAGAGACAUGGAUCAAUCAUUGUGUGCAUGCUCUGCACACAAGUUGCCUCACUCCAGAGGAGCACUUUGCAUAUUUCCAAUUGGAAAAACAUUUUUUUAAAAAGAGGAAAAGAAUGUUACAAUUGAGAGUGGCUAAGGUCUGGAUGCUGGCUGAUGGCAGACCAGAGAGUCAGGGGAGAUGUCCUUAGUAUUGUGGGUUGCAUCAAGGUGUGUUUCAAUGAAUGAUGAAUGGUUUAAUCCUAAUUUACUUGCCAGUGUUGAUCUCUGUAAAUGUUGGACCUCAACUGUCAGUUUCUAAAUCCCAGGUGCCCGUUGUGCUGAGGAUAGACCCAGCCCAUAUAUAAGCUGCUGCUGGCCUGAGUUGAUGUUCCAGCUUCAGUACAGGGUCCCAUUGACUCACGGUCUGGAAAAGCCAAUAACUGAAAAGCCAAUAGUCGGUUUAAGUUAAGUCUUUCUCCUUUCCCAUGCAGUGUCACUAAAGCAAUCCCACCUCAUAUUUGAAAGUUCUCAGCUAGAAGGCCUGAGCACACAACAAGGAAAUGUUCAGGACAAGUCAGAUUCUGUCAAUCAUAUAUUGGCAUAACCCUAAUGUAAAGUGUACUAAAAACAGUUCACUGGUUUCUUCAGGAGUGGUGGGCUAUCAGUUAGCAGUGGCUCAGGCAUUUCAAGCAGUGUUCAGUCAAUGUGCAGUAUUAUUCAUGGAACAUGGUGACUCCUUACAGAAGGACACAAGAGGCCAUGAAGGCAAUCUGGGUUGGAGAUGGGAGAACCAGGCAGUUGACACAUGGCUCUAAGAUGACCGUCCAACACUUUUCACACUGACUAGUCAAAUAAUUGACAAAGAGGGAAAAGUCCUAACAUAGAAGUCUCAAAUUUUCAACUGUCUUAUUUGGAAAUGUGCAAAAUACAAUGCAAAGACUGUUGGUGACUUAUUGUUGGAUGAAGUCUAGUUCAUUACCUAGGCGGGUUUUCUGUUCAUAGAGCAGAUCCAGAUUGUAGUGAGGUGAAACAUAGCACAGGUUCAUCAUUGACAUGAGACUGACACUGUUGCAGAGGGUUGCAGGUGGCCAAACACACCUUCCGUCAGGUCUCAGGCAACAGUUUAGUGUUUAUUUCUCGGUUUCUGUGCAGUUAAUGUGUGUGAAUGGAUUGGUCAUUGGUCAUGAUUACUUUUGUGUUUGGAUAAGAUCUGCUUGAUAGCUAUCUAACCACGUGUCUGGUUACAUUACACUCAGUUCAUUCUGGACUCAACCUGUAUAACUUAAGGUCCUGUACAACACUGUGCAGAAACUCGUUCCAAAACUCCACUUUGUCCGGAAGCCUGCUUUGGUUUAUGACCAAAUACCAACAAAACUAAAGCUAUUCUCGUCAGCUUCAGCUGUGCUUCGUGUUUAGUGUUGAUGUCAGAUAUUGGCCAAUGUUAGCCUGCUAGCAUGCUAAACUCAAAUGGUGAACAUAGUAAACUUACUGCUACUUGUUAGCAUUGUCAUUGUGCACAUGUUAGCAUCCCAACAUUGCCAUUUAGCUCAAUGCACUGCUAUGCUAAGUAAAGCCACAUAGCUUGCGUAGCUGCAGACUAUUAUUCUUAAAGCUUAUUCUGCUGAAAGGCAGCCGAUACAGAAAUGUAAGAUGAGGCUAAAAGCAAAAGAAGCUAGGUGUCAGUGAAAACCCUUUCCAAAAGUAUAACUAUCUUAAAAACAGCUAUCGCAUUUUAGCUUCUCGCUAAGAACGAAGUGUGAAAAGAAAUGAAAGUACUUCACAUUGGGACUAGCUGGUCUUGUCAGCGCCUUUGUACUAGAAAGUACCAGAAGCUGGCAGAAGGUAAUUAUUGUUGAAUUAGCCCAACAGCUAAUUAGCUUAAAUAGGUAACGAAGCCGCACUUCUGGGGUCAUCUCUAUUUUCAUUGCUCAGUGUUAUUUCUCAUGGAGGGCGCCAUGACGUCUACAAAGCAAAAACAUGAUCCUGGGGUUUUCAAUCCAUCCUAAAUUUGUAUCAGCAAGUGAAAACUAAACACUCGACGUGUUAAUGGGGAAACAGUCAUUUUAACAAAAUGCUUGUCCUUGUUGGGUGAUGACAUGCGUUGUCUUUUCUAGCUAAUGCAGUAGCAGAAUGUCUUAUAAUUCUAAGGCCAAUGGAAGAAAGCCUGUAAGGGAAAGCACGUUGUUUGGCCAAGGCUAGUGGAGCACAGGAGAAGAGUUCUCAAGCCAAGACAGUACCACAGUAAUGUAUAAAUAUAUGCAUCUUCAAACUGUUCAAUGUUAUUAUAAUGAUUGAUCCUAAGUCACACCUCCACAGUCUUUUCAGGUGUCUCCGAGUCCACAGUCUUGGCUUGAUCCAAUAAUUAACGGUCACCUCUCCAGUGGAGGUCCUUGAUGGAGCUCCACCAGGUUAAGAGAUGUGUGGUGUAAUUGCAGAGCCUCUGCACAUCUCCUGUCAGUGUAUUUGUUCAUGUGAAUGUGUGUCACUUACCCUCUGCAUCGUUACACUUCCGCUCUCCAUGUGUGCACAGUGGUUGGUGGUGUUUUUUCUAGCCUGACGGAUGUGUCGGCUGGAUGUGUUCUGGCUCAUCAGGUUAUGAUGCAAGGAAAAUCUGUUUGAGGAAUCCAGACCUGCCCGUCACCGCAUCACAAUGAUCCAAUGAUUAACAGCCCAGUGAAAUGGAAGACUAAGGCCAAGGCUUUGAAACUACCUAGGAUUAGAUUCAGAGAUGUAAACUGAAGUUUACGCUUGGAAAACAUCACUUGUGUUUAUUAUAUAAAGAACAUGAAUCAGUUUUCCCUGUGGUGGAACAGUUGAAAUUGGACGCAGAGAUAUAUUUUCAUGUGUCUGGGGUAAAUUUUUACUGCCACUCACGAUUUUAGCGAUGUUUUUGUCAUGCAUCUCCUUUUGCUGCCAGGCUGAAGAAAAAAAAAAGCUCCUGUCUCUCUUGCUCUUUUGCAGAUGCAUCCACACACGUUAUUUGGACUGCAGAUUCUUUUCAAAUUUCAAUUUUUAGAUUUCAAAAGUCAUUCUUUUUCCGACGUCUCAGUUGAGUUUGUUUCCUUUCUAUUGCAGUUUUAAAAAAAAAACAACAAAACAAAUGUAUUGACUAUGAAAUAAAUGACACGAUAUUUGCUAGGUUUGAAGUAAUAAUGACUUAUUGUACAUAAGCAUUUUUUUUCCUCCCUUGUACUGAAAAAAGAAAUUAAAUGGUUGUAUAUUGUGUAGAAAAGCAAACAAAAAGCCAUGAAUAUUGUGAAGCUUGUCAUUUCGUUUUGUGAUCACUGUGUAUUAUUGUGUAACAAAUGUGCAAAAUGUUUGGGAUUCUUUUUUCCCCUCCUCUGCUUCUUGAUGCGGUCUCCCUGGAUGCAUUCGCUUUCGUUGUGGACUAGUUAGUUUGGAGGAAAGUGCUCAUUGGUUCAGACAGACGGGGUCUGCAGUCUGGUACACGUUACACACUCUGAACAUCUCUUGUUUUCUCUUGGGGCAAUGAAACUUGAAAUAACUUCUCACUGCAUCGUUUACUGAACUUGCUCUCGAUGAAAGCACUUUGAAUGUUUCACUGUGUUGGAUCACAUGGACACAAUUCAGACACCUUCCUUGAUUUAGCGGUUCGACCCAGUGUCGAUUUGCUGAGACUGGAUCGAACCAUUAGUUCACUCGCCUCUCAUCAAAGGACCACGCUGGUGUUUUUGUCCUUCAUCGCUGCUGACCACUUUCUUAUGUCCACAUAUUCAGGAAGCUUUUGGCUUUCUAUAAAACACUGAGACGUGGCUGGACUGGACAAUAGGUGCUGAAUCAUUUGUGCUCUUCACAGCAUUGAAAGAUGACAUUCAGAAUGACUUUCCAAGAUCUAUGGUUUCCAGUGUCCCUGUUGCUCCAAGAGUUCACAGAACACAUGAAGACAGUUCUCAUGUGGAUUGUUUCUAAGACAGAAAGGAGUUCCAGCUGUUCACAGUGACUAAGUUUAACAUGGAUAUUGAUUCUGGAAAAAUGUUGCAGCACAGAUAUCUCAAAACUUCAUUAUCUGUAUGCCUGGAGCUCGUGGCAAAAACACAAAACAUAAACCAGCACAUCAGUGACUUGAUAAACGGACAAUGAGAAAUGGUCAGUCGUGUAUUCAUGAUUUGUCGUAAGUGGGCACAAAAACACUGCUGUGAUCCUGAGUUUAAGGAGGGUUCCAACUUUUCACCUGCUGGCUCUAAGACCUGUUCUUGAAGACAUUGGGAUUUUUGGUAUAAAAAUAGUCAAUUUUAGAAUGAAGUUUGGCACGAAAUUUUCCAUCCAUGUGUAAUCUGGUCCAUCAGUGAAACCAUGGUCUAACCCUUACAAGGAUGUUUUUGUUCAGUGGCCACAGCUGCUGCCUGACCUGAGAAGAGCUGACCCUGAAUCUGUGAUCACCUUUCCUGCCAACAGCAUACAACAUGUAUGGUCCUCUACUGUUUGGCUUUAUCUUCUUAGUUGUUGUUGCUAAUGCAGGGAAACAUUUAAUUGCAAAAUCAGUUUUAUCAAUUUUCAAUUUACCUGUAGAAGCGUUUCUUUUUGCAUAAUGUUGACAAUGUUGAAAUAAACAUCUGGGGAGGCAGAAACAUGAUGAAAUUGACCGGAGACUAAUUGAAGUCCACUUUGUUUUGCUUACAUCAAUCCUGACCUUUUGCACAUACUUGAUAUUUAACGGUCUUCAAAAAAGUAAAAGAAAAUAAUGCUGUUUGAAUACUGCCAGUUGAUUGACAAUUAUGCAUUGAUUGAAAAAAUAAGCUAAUUUUGGAGGAAAUAACUUUGUAAUAUUUAUCUCUUGCAAGCUAUGUUUAAUAAAGGUUGAAACAAUUUGC